UUACAUUUUUGCUCCCAAAGAAGUCAAGCAAUCACGUUUUCUAAGAUUGUUGUUGGCUAUCAAGUUAGUUUUGUCAUAAGUAGAAUCUGUUUAGAACUGCCACUUUUAAAAAUUGCUUUCUAAUUAAAGUUUGCUUUCAUAGAGUCUAAAAUAUCCAAAUGUAUUCAGAAUUAAAGCUUAAUUAGUUUCCCGCCAGGAAAUAUAAUGCUGAAAUUACUCAAUUUCUAUGUAAGAGGAGAUUUCUUUGUAUAAUUUGAACAGAAAUUUUUUCAGUCUGAAAGCAUGGGAUCAGGAAUUAUCAUUGGUCAUUGCUAGAGUUAAUUUUUUCAGCUAAGUUUUAUUUUUAAAAUAUAUUCUAAUUCCAGAGAGAUCCAGAAUAAUUCUUAAAAGUCAAUAUAUUCUGUAAUUUCUGGAAACAUAUUUCUUAAAUUUCUUUAAUUCUAAUUUUAUUGCCAUUGACUUAAUACUCACCGUAAGGCAUUUUUGCUUAAAACUCACGUUAUUUUCUCUAAAAUAUAUGAAGAGAAGGUUUUCUUGUACAUCCUAAUUUUGUUACAUUUUAAAGGCUCCGAAUCAUUUAUGCUAAGAAAGCAGGCAAGAGAGACACUUCAGGUGGCAUCGAUCUUGGAGAAGAGCAGCACGCGUCGGCCACCCCCACAGCAGGAUACAAGCGAAGAAGGAAGGGCGGCGACAGUGACGCUGAUGGCAACGAGGAGGAGGAGGAGGAGGAGGAAGACAAGGAAGACAGAAAAGGAAAGAAAACUGAUGUCUGUGAAGAUGAGCAACAGAGUCAGUACAGAAGGGAGCUCUUCGAUGCGUCUCACUCUUUACGUUCAGUGAUGUUUGGCCAGGAUCGUUACAGACGUCGGUAUUGGAUUUUUCCCCAGUGUGGGGGGAUUUUUGUAGAAGGCAUGGAGAGCGCUGCAGGGCUGAAAGAAAUUGCAAAAGAAAGAAAAAAACGAAAAAAAGCAGAAAGCAUCCAGACCAAAGAAAUAUUUGAUACUUCUGACGACACUUUAAAUUGUUCAAAUCCGGAUCAUUGUGAGCAAAAGGAAGAUCCUAACGAAAAAGAUAACACAAAUCUAAUUCUUCAGAAUCCUGGCUCUUUUUCCAAACUAAGCAAGCUUUUAGAAGUAGCUAAGGUGCCUCCUGAGUCAGAUGUAACGACCCCCAAACCAAAGAGCGGUGCAGAUGGGUGCGCACUGCCUCACCAGAACCGUGGGAGACACUCACCGGGCAGCAUGCAGCCAACGGUGACACAGAACAGCGUGGAAGGGACAGACUCGAAUCUGGUCAGUACCGGUUCAGGUGGUGCAGGCAAGGUCUACAGUCCUCUCCCCAGGGACCAGUUGUUACUGCCAAGAACACCUUGGGAGGACGCUUCCCUUACCCAAGCCGAUGCGCCAGCUGCUUCUUCACCAACUCCUCGGGCCCAGCCGCCCUCUAAGUCACCUGCAGCUCUUGAAGUAGCCAAACCAGUAGAUUAUCCUAGUCCAAAGCCUAUUCCAGAAGAAAUGCAGUUUGGCUGGUGGAGAAUUACUGACCCAGAGCAUUUAAAAGCUUUGCUCAAAGUGCUACAUCCCAGAGGCAUAAGAGAAAAGGCAUUACAAAAACAAAUUCAGAAACACCUGGAUUACAUCACUCAAGCCUGCAUCGAGAAUAAAGAUGUUACCAUUAUUGAAUUAAAUGAAAAUGAAGAAAACCCGGUAACUCGAGAUAUUGUGGAGAAGUGGUCAGUAGAAGAACAAGCAAUGGAAGUGGAUUUGAGGAUUCUUCAACAGGUAGAAGAUCUGGAAAGGAGAGUCGCAUCAGCAAGUUUGCAAGUAAAGGAAAAUCUGCAAGAAUCUAGUCCUGAUUCUGUAGAAAGCCGAAUUACUCUACUAGCUCCUGUAAACACAGUUCCUGUGUCUCUCUUUCAGUUUUCUCUUUUGUAA